CAGUCUGAAGCUCGGACACGUCUGGUCGCGGCAAGAGAUGGAGGGGAGCACUGAGAGCCUUGUGGCCGCUCGUGACUUCCUGAGCAGCGGCAUAGAGCAGUCGAGGGCUCUUGGCCUCGAACUGGAUAGGACUGGCCAGAGGCUGGGAGAAAUGAUCCUGCGGCUCCCCUCUCUCGAGUCCGAGCUUGGGCCCAUCCCCCGCAGAAUGUGUGCGACUCUUUCCAUCGAGGACCGUGUGGACAGCGGGAUUCGCCCUGCCAAUGCAGUCCUGCAGGUCUUUAAUGCAGUUCGUGAGCUCGAGGCCUCACUGUCCCUGACCCCGGCUUCCGACCUGCCCACUUACCUCUCGAUCCUGAGGAAUCUGGAGCAGGCCCUGAAGUUCCUCGGAAACAGCUGCCAGCUUGCAAUCCAGUGGUUGCAGGGAGUGGCCGAGUUCCUUGAAGAGAACGGAAUGGCGAGUGAACGUUUAGUUUCAAAUGUGAAUAAGUCUCUGAUUAUCCUCCAGGAAUUGGAAGGAACCGAGGAGCGCGCCCGCCGCAAUGGAGGGGUCAUGCACGACGCUUUCAGAAAAAUGGAAGCCGAGCUUGAGCGGCUUCUUAAAGAAAACUCCAUCCCUUUCGGGUUAAAUUCCUCUGAUGAGGACUAUGAGAAGACGUUUCCCAAGCCUGUGAUACAGCAUCUGCAAGCAAUCAUUGAGAGGCUAAGUGCAAACAGGAGGCUCGAGAAAUGCGUAUCCGUAUAUGUUGAUGUCCGUAGCACGAAUGCGAGAGAAUGCUUAGAGCCCCUCGAAUUGGAUUACCUAAACGAGCCAUUUGAAGAUGUGCAGAACAUCGAGGCUCAGAUAAGGAAGUGGAGUGAGGACUUGAAGUUCGCAGUGAAGGCUCUCUUCCAGCACGAGUAUGGCCUCUGCAACAAGAUCUUUGAGCAGCAGGGGACGAAAAUCUCAUUGAGGUGCUUUGCCGAGAUAGCUUCCAGGUCGGGAAUCUUCACGUUUCUCCAGUUUGGAAUGAGAGUCACAGACAGCAAGAAGAGCCCCAACAAGCUGCUAAACCUUUUGGACAUUUUCUUGAUUUUGGAUGAUCUUCGGGUAGACUUUACUCGGCUUUUCGGGGGGGAAGCCUGCGAGAAAAUUCAGGCCAUGACGAGGCAUCUAGUCAAGAGAGUCGUGGAAGGAUCUUGGGAGAUAUUUUGGGAACUGACCUAUCAAGUCGAACUGCAGAGGCAGAGCCCACCUCCGUCAGAUGGAAGUGUGCCGAGGCUUGUGAGCUUUGUGACCGAGUAUUGCAAUCGGCUUUUGAGCGAUGUUUAUAGGCCGACUCUACUACAGAUAAUGGUCAUUCACCAGAGCUGGAAACAGGAGAAAUACCAGGAAGGACUGUUCACGAAUCAGAUUUACAAUGUGGUCAAGGAGAUCGGGUUGAACUUGGAUACGUGGGCCAAGGCCUAUCACGAUCAGUCCCUGUCCUGCCUCUUCAUGAUGAACAACCACCGCCAUUUCAGUGAUCUCAGGGGCACGAAGCUUGGGGACAUGAUGGGAGACUCCUGGGUGAGGGCUCACCAACAGUUCAGGGACUACUAUGCUGCGCUGUACGUGAAGGAGAGCUGGGAGAAGAUCUCGGCUCCACUGAGGGAAAAUUCUGCCCGUGUCUCAUUCCAUGACGCGAGGAAGAAGCUUGUGUCCUUCAACAAGGCUCUUGAGGAAACCUACAAGAAGCAGUCCGAUUGGAGCGUGACUGAUGUGAAGUUGAGGGAGAAGGUAAGGGCAAGUGUGAUGGAAGCUGUUCUUCCAGCUUACCAGGAUUACUUGCAAAUUUACAGGACCAUGCUCGAUGGAUACGCCUGUUGGAGAGAUGAGAUCAAGUAUUCUGUACAGGAACUAGAGAAGAUGAUUGGAUCCCUCUUUGAGACGAAGAUGAGGAAGCUCGAGACUGGCACGAGAUACCACGCAAUUGAUGAUUUGCCCAAUGUUUUGACUAACAAUCAGUACUCUUUGACACUCACUGCUGCAUGAUUUCAUUUCUGGUGCUGCUCGCGUCCCUGAACGGCAGGAAGGAAAAUCUGUACAAUCUGGGAUGCAUCUGCCUGUUAAUUUUCAAUCUAUGUUCUGUCAAAUUAUCAUGUAGAUAUCGUUCCUGCGUCCUCUUGAGAUCUGUCACUGUAAAUUCUGGUAAAAGAUUGCUUUUAUGCAGUUUCGUUUUAAUAGUUCUUA